AUGGGUAUCAAACAACUGGCUAAAGUCAUUCAAGAAGAAGCUCCAGAUGCUAUCAAGGCAGGCGAGAUCAAGAACCAAUUUGGCCGGAAGGUCGCAAUCGACGCAUCUAUGAGCAUUUACUCAUUCCUAAUUGCAGUCCGUUCCGAUGGCCAGCAACUGAUGUCUGAGACAGGCGAGACGACCUCGCACUUGCUUGGCAUGUUUUACCGUACCCUUCGAAUGGUCGAUAAUGGCAUCAAGCCCCUCUACGUCUUCGAUGGAGCACCACCGAAAUUGAAGUCGGGAGAACUUGCGAAACGAUUUGCGCGGAAGCACGAAGCAUCUGAAGCUCACGAUGAAGCAAAGGAAACUGGCACAGCUGAGGAAGUUGAGAAAUUCUCGAGAAGAACAGUCAGAGUCACAAAAGAUCACAAUGACGAGUGUAAGAAGCUACUGAAGCUCAUGGGCAUACCUUUUAUCGAUGCUCCAACUGAGGCAGAGGCCCAAUGCGCAGUUUUGGCACGGGCUGGGAAAGUGUAUGCUGCUGCCUCUGAAGACAUGGACACACUGUGUUUCAACUCGCCGAUAUUGCUGAGACACCUUACGUACGCAGAGCAGCGGAAAGAACCUAUUCAAGAAAUCCACCUCGAUCGAUUUAUUGACCUGUGCAUCCUGCUUGGCUGCGAUUACGUAGACCCAAUCCCUAAAGUAGGACCAAAUACCGCGCUCAAGCUGAUCCGAGAACAUGGAUCCCUCGAGGAAGUGGUCUCGUCUAUCGAGAAAGAUCCCAAAAAGAAAUACACUAUACCGGCAGACUGGCCUUACAAAGAAGCACGUGAGCUGUUCUUCAACCCAGACGUACGGCCUGCAGACCACGAAGCCUGCAACUUCACAUGGGAUGGACCAGAUGUUGAAGGCCUUGUAAAAUUUCUUGUUGGAGAAAAAGGCUUCAGCGAAGACCGAGUCCGAAACGGUGCACAGAAGCUGCAGAAGAACGUCAAAACAGCCCAGCAAGCACGUCUGGAAGGCUUCUUCAAGCCGAUGGCGAAGACGGACGAGCAGAAGGCGUCGCUAAAGAGAAAGCACGAGGAGAAACUAGCGGAUCAGAAGAAAAAGAAGAAGGAGAACGAGAAGGCGAAAAAGGAGGCAAAAGCGAAGCCGAAGAUGAAUGCAUAG